GCCACCCGCCUCCUCCUGCCGCCCAGGUCGUCGCCUGCCGAGGUCGGUCGCCCGCCCGCCGGACGCGAUGGCUCCCACCAAGAAGGCGAAGAAGAGCACGGAGAACAUCAACAACAAGCUGCAGCUGGUGAUGAAGAGCGGCAAGUACACGCUCGGCUACAGGACCGUCCUCAAGACGCUCCGGAGCUCCAAGGGCAAGUUGAUUAUCCUCGCAAACAACUGCCCGCCGCUCAGGAAAUCUGAGAUUGAGUACUACGCUAUGUUGGCAAAGAUCAGCGUGCACCACUUCCAUGGAAACAACGUUGAUCUUGGAACAGCCUGCGGCAAGUACUACCGGGUGGGCUGCCUCAGCAUCAUUGAUCCGGGUGACUCGGACAUCAUCACCAGCACCGCUCCUGGCAACACCCAGUGAAGAGGAGGGCCUUACCUAUUUUAGUCUGAGAUGAGAUGUAGUGUGGAACUGGCAAACACAGUUCAAACUUCCUGUGACUGUUUUGUAACGCAUUCCUAUGGUUUUGUUUUAUGAGAUGAUUUUUUAAAUCUAUGGAGCAGUGAAAUCUUUGUUGUGCCCA